ACCUGGCAGAGUUGGGCAACCCCUACAUUUUGUGGACAGGAUCUGAUCCCAGGAUCUGUUACCUCUUUCUUUUCUCCUGAGCAGACGGAGUAAGAAUUGCAACCAUGGCGAAGAACUGCCACAACGACUACAAGAUGAAAUUCACUAUGGAUGAGGAGUACCCUGAUCUGUCCCUGCACAACAACCACAUGGCCAAGGUGCUGACCAAAGACAUUUACAACAAGCUGAGGAGCAAGUCCACCCCCAGUGGCUUCACCUUGGAUGAUGUCAUCCAGACUGGUGUUGACAACCCUGGGCACCCCUUCAUCAUGACCGUGGGCUGUGUUGCUGGUGAUGAGGAGUCCUAUGAGGUCUUCAAGGAUCUGUUCGACCCCAUCAUCUCCGACCGUCACGGCGGAUACAAGCCCACCGACAAGCACAAGACUGACCUGAACUUCGAGAACCUGAAGGGUGGUGAUGACCUGGACCCCAACUAUGUGCUGUCCAGCCGUGUUCGUACUGGACGCAGCAUCAAGGGAUACACCCUGCCCCCCCACAACAGCCGUGGCGAGCGCAGAGCUGUGGAGAAGCUGUCCAUUGAGGCCCUGGCCAGCCUGGAGGGUGAGUUCAAGGGCAAGUACUACCCCCUGGAUGGCAUGACUGAUGCCGAGCAGGAGCAGCUGAUCGCUGAUCACUUCCUGUUCGACAAGCCCGUGUCCCCCCUGCUGACCUGUGCCGGUAUGGCCCGUGACUGGCCCGACGCCAGAGGCAUCUGGCACAAUGACAACAAGACUUUCCUGGUCUGGGUGAAUGAGGAGGAUCACCUGCGUGUCAUCUCCAUGCAGAAGGGAGGCAACAUGAAGGAGGUCUUCAGGCGCUUUUGCGUCGGCCUGCAGAAGAUUGAGGAGAUCUUCAAGAAGCACAACCAUGGCUUCAUGUGGAAUGAACAUCUCGGCUACGUGCUGACCUGCCCCUCAAACCUGGGCACUGGCCUGCGUGGUGGUGUACACGUCAAGCUGCCCAAGCUCAGCACACACGCCAAGUUCGAGGAGAUCCUGACCAGGCUGCGUCUGCAGAAGCGUGGCACAGGUGGUGUGGACACAGCCUCCGUGGGCGGUGUUUUCGACAUCUCCAACGCUGACCGUCUCGGCUCCUCCGAGGUGGCGCAGGUCCAGCUGGUGGUUGAUGGUGUCAAGCUGAUGGUGGAGAUGGAGAAGAAGCUGGAGAAGGGAGAGUCCAUCGACGGCAUGAUCCCCGCCCAGAAGUAAAGUGAACAGACAGACAGAUAACCGAUGACUGAAUGACAGUCGCCUUGUUCUGUUUUGUGUUUUUUUUUUCCUUUUGUAAUAUAAAACUGAACAGGAAGCCUUGUUGUAAAGUUAUAUUACCGGUUUCUGCCCACUGGCUACAUCCUGCUGUUUGCUCUCCAUCAAAAAAAA